CAUCCAACAGAGCACUGAAGAGCAGAAAGAAAGAGAGGGAAGUAGACCGAAAAUGUCAAGGAGCGUUCGACUUUCCGCUGGUUUCGCUCUCUUGGCUCUGGCACUGUCCUUUGUCAGCGCCUAUGACCCGAGUCCCCUGCAGGACAUCUGUGUAGCAGUCAAAGAACCUGAGAAUGCUUUGUUUGUGAAUGGAAAGUUCUGCAAGAACCCCCAUCUUGCCACAGCAAAGGACUUCCUCUUUUCCGGCCUCCAAGUCCCUAGAAGCACAGCCAAUCCCCUAGGCUCCACGGUCACCCCGGUGACCGUGGACCAGAUACCAGGACUCAACACACUCGGCAUUUCCAUGGCUCGUGUCGACUUUGGAAUAGAAGGUUUGAAUCCUCCCCACACUCACCCUCGCGGCACUGAAAUAUUACUUGUCUUGGAGGGUACCCUGUAUGUGGGCUUCGUCACAUCCAACCAGUUGAACAACACCCUCUUUGCAAAAGUUCUUUACCCCGGAGAUGUUUUCAUUUUCCCCAUUGGGAUGAUUCACUUCCAGCUCAAUGUUGGAAAGACCAACGCAGUCGCGAUCGCCGCUCUAAGCAGCCAAAACCCAGGAGUCAUCACGAUUGCUAAUGCACUGUUCAAUGCAAAACCUCCUAUUUCCCCUGAGGUACUAGCCAAGGGGUUCCAGAUUGAAGAGAAGCUGGUCGAGACGCUUCAGAAGAAGUUAUGGUACUACAAUUAACAUGAGAAGCAGCCGAUGAUGUUCUCAUCUCUGUGUACUUGAUUCUGAUAAAGUUCCUAGUUCAAGUGGAAGUUUCCUUGUGUAACGUCAUGUAUUGAUAUCAAGUGUAAUAAGACUGUUGCUGUCUGCACCA